GGAGAGAGGAGUUAGUGCGCGUGAGAGCGGGUACUGUGAACUGCGUUACUAUGCUACAGCCCUAAUAACCGCACACUUGGAAGCCAAACGUGCAACACAGAUUGACCUUAUCUUGUUUUCAAAGAUAACUGAACAGACUGCUACUUGGGAAGUAAGACUCAUGUGUUGGCCGUGUGGAUUUCAGAGACGUUAUGGAUUUGACUAAAAUGGGUAUGAUCCAGCUCCAGAAUCCCAAUCACCCCAAUGCCCUACUGCACAAAGCAAAUCAGAUGCGCCUGGCUGGCACACUGUGCGACGUGGUCAUCAUGGUGGACAGCCAGGAGUUCCACGCUCAUCGGACUGUGCUGGCCUGCACCAGCAAGAUGUUUGAAAUCCUCUUUCACCGCAACAGCCAACAUUACACUUUGGACUUUCUCUCACCAAAGACUUUCCAGCAGAUUCUGGAGUAUGCCUACACUGCCACUCUUCAAGCUAAAGUGGAGGAUCUGGAUGAUCUGCUGUACGCAGCAGAGAUAUUAGAAAUAGAGUAUUUGGAGGAACAAUGCCUGAAGAUACUGGAGACCAUCCAGUCCUCGGAUGAAAAUGACACCGAGGUCAACAUGAACGAUGGUGGCACAGAAGAUGAUGACGAGCGUAAGGGAAGGCAUGGGAGGAGCCAAGCAGGUUCCAAAAAGCAUUCCAUGGAAGAGGGCAGCUACAUCUCCGCUGCCCAGCAAGCACUGGCACUGCCCGGAAUGGUGGAUCAGAGUCCGUCUGUCUCAACCUCCUUCAGCCUCUCCACCAUGAGCCCAACCAAAGCAGCCGUGGACAGUCUAAUGAGCAUCGGCCAGUCCCUCCUGCAGAGCAGCUUGCACCCUGGUGUGAGCUCUGAACGUCCCCUGCAUGGCAACUCACACCAUAUGAUGGGAGAGAUCAAGACUGAGAUGAUGCAAGUAGAUGAGAGCGCAGGUAAUGAGAGCCCCAAUACAAUGGAGCCCAAUACCUCCAGCAAUGGAGAGCGCAGCGGAGAACCUGACAAGAACCGUGAUGGGCCUGGCACCCCUACCAGGAGUAGUGUGAUCACUAGUGCCCGCGAGCUCCAUUACGUCAGGGAUGAAGGUGCGGGUGACCAGCAGGCCGAGGUCAGCCAGAUGGGGCUUGAGGCCAUGGCAGGGAUGACUGAGAAACACUUAGCUUCACUGUACGGCAUACCACCCAACCAUAAGAAUGAAGGGAUGCUCGCUAUCCCGGCUUCUAUGGCCUCAACCUUGCAUAUGUCACCAGCCCUGGCCAUGUCCAUGGACUUCAGUGCCUAUGGGGGCUUGCUGCCUCAGAGCUUCAUCCAGAGGGAGUUCUUCAACAAGCUUGGUGAGCUAGCUGCUGGAAUGAAGCCUGAUGGCCGCAACCAAAAUGAGCGCUGCAACGUGUGUGGCACUGAACUGCCUGACAAUGAGGCCAUAGAGCAACACAGGAAACUGCAUAGCGGAAUGAAGACCUAUGGGUGCGAGCUUUGUGGCAAACGCUUCCUAGAUAGUCUGCGCCUGAGGAUGCACUUGCUGUCUCAUUCAGCUGGUGAGAAAGCCAUCAUCUGUGACCAGUGUGGAGCUCAGUUCCAGAAGGAAGAUGCUCUAGAGGCCCACCGACAGAUCCACACAGGAUCAGAUAUGGCCAUCUUCUGUUUGCUCUGCGGGAAGCGAUUCCAGACGCAGACGGCUCUGCAGCAGCAUAUGGAGGUUCACGCAGGCGUGCGCAGCUACACCUGCAGCGAGUGCAACCGCACGUUCCCCAGCCACACCGCACUCAAACGCCAUCUCCGCUCGCACACAGCAGGUGACCACCCAUUUGAAUGCGAGUUCUGCGGCAGCUGCUUCCGAGAUGAGUGCACACUGAAGGGACACAAGCGUAUCCACACCGGAGAGAAGCCCUAUGAAUGUAACGGCUGUGGCAAGAAAUUUAGCCUCAAGCACCAGCUCGAGACCCACUACCGUGUCCAUACAGGUGAGAAGCCGUUUGAGUGCAAGCUUUGCCACCAGCGCUCCAGGGACUACUCGGCCAUGAUCAAACACCUGCGCACCCACAAUGGCGCCUCGCCAUACCAGUGCACCAUCUGCCUGGAGUAUUGCCCCAGCCUCUCUGCCAUGCAGAAGCACAUGAAGGGCCACAAGCCCGAAGACAUCCCACCUGACUGGAGGAUAGAGAAGACAUACCUGUACCUCUGCUACGUCUAAAGAUGGAGAUGGAGAGGGGGAGGGCA